CCUCGAAACAAUACCGACCUUUGUAGACUUCUUCAGCCUUCGCUUGGCCACCGACCGCAUCGAGCUCGUAAAGACUAUCCACAGCUAUCAUCGACCAUCACCUUCUCCCACAUCCACGACUCACGUUUUAGUAUUCACCAACACUCUGCAUCAUGACCACCGUCGAAACGAGCCCAACGAGCAGGAUGAUCACCAGCCAAGAUCUGUCCGUCGGCUCCAAUAAAGUCACUGUGGAGAUACGAAGGAAAGAGGGACAACAACAAGGAGACGGAGGAGGAGGAGGAGGAGAAAUAGAAAUCGACGCUGACUGGCCGUUCGUCGAGCUCACUAUUCCAGAGGAUCUUCCUCAAGGAUACAAGUCUGCGCUCGCGCAGUUCAAGUGCGGUGCGAAUACCCAAUUGCAUGUUUUCUGGACCGAGGGUGACGAUGACAAGACAGAGACCGAGCUGCCCGCCUUUUGGAAGGACAAGCGCUACAUUGCUUACAAGGGACUCCUUGACGAGGAAGUCCAGUUGUCAGACAUUCAGACUCAAGGCUUUGUCGCUCCCACAUCAACGCAAACCGCUGGCGAGGAUGUGAGGGAGGCCACUGGGGCAGAUUCGGGUGGCGCGCCACCAGAGCGGUCUUAGUGACUUCGUCCCUUCCGCGCCUGCAUCCCACUCGUUCAUAUGGUACAGUAUGCAGGACUCAUUUCGAGCGACCGUGUGACGAGACAGAUUGCCAAG